CGUGUGACGCAAGAUUGAACAUAGACGAGAGCGUGGUAGCAAUCUCCGGGACCCCUAGUUGCAGCGCCACGUCGGCAGAGUGGAUAGUCAGCCUACUGUGAUGAUAAAUAGAGACUCAUUGAAUGUUGACGUGUUGGGUUAGCUUAAAAAAAAACUAGCUUUCGAUUGCAGCAUUAAGUGUAGAGGUGCUGUCUUUAUUUGGAACAUUUGUGAGAGUUUGGUGUAGUUAUCUGUCUCUACUGUUUGAGCUGGGAUAUUUCCUGAAAAAUGGUGAAGAACGCCAUCGCAGAUACUCAGCACGGAAGCAGUAAUACUCAAGUGGGGCCUGAGAUGUCAGCUGGUGAAGCUACAGAUGACGGGAAGGAGCACCCUCAGACGCAGCCGGGCGUGGUCUGGAGAGUGACAGGCGGCCUCCUCAGCGCCACCAAGGGGGUGGUGGGCGCCACAGCGGGCGGCGUGGCCUGGCUGGGCGGGAAGGGCCUGGAGAUCACCAGAUCAGCCGUGACCUCCGCUCCGUCCGUGGGGAUUGGCCUGGUGAAAGGGGGCGUGUCUGCGGUGGUAGGAGGCGUGUCCUCGGUGGGAUCUACGGUGGCCAACAAGGUUCCGUUCACAAAAAAAGCAAAGGACAAAGCAGAGUGAGGAUCUGCCCCAUGCCCCAGCCCCCUGCCCCCUGCCUCAGCCUUCUGCCCCCAGUCCCCUGCCCCUGCCCCAGCACCCUGCCCCCUGCCCCCAGUCUCCUGUGCCUUAAGACUCAUGGUCUCUCUGCUACCAAUCAGAAGCGAAACAGAACUCUUCUGUUUGCGUGUGUGUGUGUGUUCGUGUCGGUGUGUGUGCGCUCAUGCAGUCGCUCUCCCCUGCAGUUUGUGUGUCUGUGUGUUAUUUUUUUCAAAGGCGGCUUUGACUGUUUUUGUGCAAUAUGGGAGUUAUAUGCAUAAUUCACUGCCAUUCGUUCCCAGCAACAAACAAACACCUGUUAGCAACCGACAGAGGUGCAAUCUGAUUACUCAUCUCCGAGAUGUUUGAGCUCUGGGCUACGGAUGUGAGUCACAGAUGUGAGCUUCGGGCUAUGGAUGUGAGUCACAGAUGUGAGCUCUGUGGUCUAAUUGGACACUAAUGGGGUUUCUGUGCGUUUGGGCCUGACCAGAGGUGAGGUUCAGUAUGUCAUAAAGUCAUACCCAGUAUUUUGUUCCAAUCAACUGGAUUAGCUCAAUUCUUCAGCCAGGAGGUGGAACUAAUUGGUUAAAUCAGCUAAGUGAGUUCAUGGGAGGAAGAAACGCACGGCAGGACUUUUACUUUCUGAACCCUGGACGCCUUUCUAGCUCUGACCUGACCUGGCCUGGUGCUGCUGGUGCUUCACAUCAUGGUACAUGUUAAAAUGAAAAGCCAAGUGAUCUACAUGUGACACUGCGUAGGGAGUGUUUUCUCUCAUAAAGAAACCCAUCAGUAAAUAAAUGAACAGACAGGACCACGUUUCCUUUAUAGCAAUGCCCUUUUCAUCAGCAGUGGCCAAAUGGAGAGAGCAGAGCUGAGGCCUUGCGUGGUGUGGCUGUUCCUGGAUCAGCGGCUUAUUUGCUGACUGCGUGAGCUUAGCAUCUCGGAUUGGCAUACUAUUAUUCUCAAAGCGAAAUAAUUUCAGGCUUUUCUCGUGCAGAUCUGCUCAGGGUAAACUGACAUGUUUUCCAUUAUAUUUGUAUUUGAGAUUUCCAUACACAGUCUGCUUUUUCAGUGCAAAUGUUGGGGUUUGUCUCCUCCAAGACCUGGGGAGUCAGUCCGCUGCAGGGGUGCUUAAGUUAACUCCGGUCCUGAAGGGCAGGUCUGCGUGCUGGUUUUUGUUCCAACCAAUUACUUCUAGUUUCAGUGUUCUGACCGCUGUAUAAACAGUGCUGGUACACUCCUGUUCUUGACCACAGUAAAAGCGUAAGGAUACACCUUGCAGUCUGUGGCUGUAGCUGGCACUGAUACGAAUGUCAGAUCAAGAUACGAUUGAGCCAAUUAAAUAAUUGUGAGCAGAAGUUGGCACAAAAUUCUGAAAUUAAUCAGUCCUUGUUGUGCAACCCUGAUCAACAGUGCUGGACUGCUGCUGUGUCUGUGGGUUUAACUCCAGUUGUGGAGGGAAGCAGCGCCUGCAGAUUUAACUCCAGUUCUGGAGGGUUGCUGUGUCUAGAGGUUUUUGUGUUUUCUUUUCAAUCGGCAGCAAGUUUAGGUCUAGGAAACAAGGUGUAUGGACUUUUGGCUGUCAAUGUCGUGAAUUAUGUUCUUUAUCACUGAAAU